UAUGGCGGUAGCCUGAACUGUUUUGAAUUCUUAUCUGCUUUUCGAAGUUUAAGCCGCGCCUGGAGGGAAAGGUGAAAUGAUUUGCUGGUAAACACGUUAAAUAAUCUGACCGCUAUGAUGGAUUCUAUCGUUGGGGACGACGUGACGCUUCCCGUCGAUAUCAACGGAAGCUGCCGACUUCCAGACUCCAUAAAUGCAGCGGAAUAUUCUUCAGACGGCAUGACAGCUCCAUCCUAUCCUGAUACGAUGUCCCCUAUCAAGGCUCUCACCAUGAAGGACUAUGAGAAUCAAAUCACAGCUCUGAAGAAAGAGAACUUUAAUCUCAAGCUACGCAUUUACUUCAUGGAGGAGCGCAUCCAGCAGAAAUGUGAUGACUCCACAGAAGACAUAUUUAAAACGAACAUAGAGCUUAAAGUGGAGUUGGAGUCCAUGAAGAGAGAGCUAGCUGAGAAACAAGAGCUGCUAGUGUCUGCAUCUAAAGCAUUGGAAAGUCUGGCUGGUCGAGAAUCAGGAGAACCCCAGCGAGUGAGAGAGCAAGCUCAGAGGGAGAUGGAUGCAUUAAGAGAUGGUUUCAAUAAAAGAAUAGCAGAACUGGAGCAGUAUUUGCAGGCAGCUGAAGAAGAGGUUGGAAAGAUGGCUGCCAUUGCUGAACAGGAAAAACUAAAGAGUAUAAAGAUGGAGAAGCAACUUCAGGCUGUUGCUUUAGCAGGUGGCAACAGCCCUUUGUCUCUCCCAAAUCCAGUGCAGGAUUUACAGCAAGCCCUACAAGUCAAAGACAAUGUAAUUGAGCAGCUCAGGAUCACCAUAAAGAACCAGGAGGCUUUGAUCCAACAGCAUGGCAGCAGAGACCAACAGACGGAUUCACCAUCAACCAAACAGCUCUCCAAUCUCUUAGCAGAGAAAGAUCAGGAGCUUAAGGAACUAAGGGACGAGCUUCAGCAAGAGAAAGACAAAGCUCAGCCUGACCAGCAGAAGACUGGUGUUAAUAAUUUGGAGUCCAUCAAUAAAAUGCUGACUGAAGAACUGAACCGGCUAAAAAGCAGCAAUGAAAACCUGACUAAAACACUGGAAGAUUCACAGAAUCAAAACAAGACCCUGUCUCUGACAUUGGAGGAGAAAGAGAAUGAGCUUGAUACAGAAAAGAAAAAUGCUUUGAAGCGGGAUAAGACAAUCCAAGGUCUUACCCAGGUCCUCAAAGAAAAAGAAAAGGAGAUUGAGGAGCUUUGUCAGGAGAUUGAGGACAGAGAUGAUGCUUUGACCAAAGCCAGAGAGGCUGCACAUAAAGCCCAGAUGCAGAAAUAUCAGGGAGUAGAGGAGCACCAAAACCUUUUGAUGGAAAAACAAACCGAGUUUGCCCAACUUCAAGGGGAACACCAUAGCAAGGUUCUGGAAGCACAAAAACUACAGCGUGCCUUGGACAGGAAAGAACAAGAACUUGGUGACUUGCAACAGGCCAAGGACCAGCUUGAAAUUGAACUGGAGGACCUGCAGCAACAGAAAAAGAAAGGAGACAAAGCCCUAAAUGAUCUUACCAAUCAGCUUAAAAAGGUGAGCAGUGAGAUAAAAGAACGGGAAAGUGCUCUGGAGCAACAGUACCAGGAGUUGUUGGAACAAAGCAAAAGAAAACUACAGAGCCAUGAAGCGACCAUCCACAGGCUCACAACAACACUGGCUGAUAAGGAGCACCAGCUACAGGAGUACAUAAACCUGCUCAGAGACAUGGAACAAAGCAAGAGCCCUGGCAGCAACGACAGCAUGCUUAACAAGCUGCGGCAGAGGCUAAAGGAAAAGGAGAGUGCACUGGAGAAAGCUCUGGAUGAGAAAUUUACUGCCAUUGAGGAGAAGGACAAUGAGAUCCACCAGCUGCAGCUGUUGCUCAGAGAAAGGGAAAGGGACUUGGACAGACUUAAUAACCUGCUUACUCACAAUGAAGAAACGAUCAAUAGUUUUGACAGUCUAAUCAAGGAAAAAGAUGUUGAGCUGCAGCAUCUUGCCAACACUCUGAAGAACCUGCAGAGAGCCAAACAAGAUGCUGAAGAUAACCUAAACAGGUCACUGAGGGAAAAAGACGCCAUCAUCGAGCAGCUUCAGCUCUCCUUGGAUGGAAAGAUUAAAGAUAUGGAAGAGAUGGCAGACAAAAUGCUGAGCCAGUCCCAGAGUCAUGCUCGGGAUCUGGCUGAGCAGAUGGGCCACAGGUUGAAGGUCACAGAAACUAUGCUGUCUGAGGCUGUGAAAGCCAGAGAAAGACUCAUAGCUGACAAUGAGAGUGCCGUGGAGGGGCUGUUGGCUACAAUUAGCAGCAAGGACCAACUUCUUAAGGAGUCUGCUGAGCACUUUAACCGCAUGCUGUCUGAGCGUGCUCAGGAGAUUCAGGAACUGAGGAAGCAGUUGGCUGAUAAGCAGCAGGAGCUCACCAAAGCUGAGAAGAAAAGCUCGUCAACAACCCAAGAGAGUUAUUUAGAGACGGCAGAGCUAAGAACCCUGCUAGCGGAGAAGGACAGCCUCAUUGACAAGCUUCUGCAGGGGGGUCAGGAGAGAGACAGAUUCUUGGCAGAGAUGAGUCACAAGGCCGAGGCAGAUCAUGUGUUGGAGCUCCGACAAACCAUUCAGAUUAUGCAAGAGAAACUUGAUGAGAGAGAAGCUGAACUAUCUACGAGGAAUGGUGAGCAUAGUCAGGAGAAGAUUCCAAUUCAAACGGUUGUUGUCCUGAAGAGCGAAUUGGCACAAAAAACUGAAGCACUAAACAAAGCACUGAAAAGAGAAAAUGAACUGAAGAUUUCUUUGGCUGAAAUCCAGUCAUUACUCGCUGAGCUAGACGGUCGCAGGGAAGGUCAAGCUGCCAACAUUGAUUCCCUGACCGCUAUGCUGAAGACCAAGGAUGAGAUUAUUACUGUUCUCCAUCAGCACCUUGGACAGGGAGGUGGCAGCAGGACUGAUCCCACUCAGGAUCAUUUGAUGGACUCCAGCAUGGAUAGAUCCCUACCUACGCUGCCUCAGAGAGAAAUAACCAUAAUAGGAGGAGACAGCCAGCAAGAUGCUUUGCCUCAUCUUUUAGCCUUGCAGCAGGAGCAUAACGCUCUAAACAAAGCCCUUAGAGCUGAACAACAGCUGUACUCCAGAUUAGUUAGGACUGUAAAGGAGCAGGAUAGCGCCCAGCGUCUCCAUGCUCUGCAGCUGGAACUGACAGCAGUUCAGCUUCUCAGGCAGCAGCUAGAAGACAGCAUCAGAACUAAUGAGGAGCUCAGGGAUGACUUGGAGAGAGAGAUACAGAGAACCAAACUAAGAGAAGGUAUGGACCUCACUGAUCCUAAAGAGUUGGAGAUGAUGAGGAAUCAGCUGGAGGACGCCCAGCGCUGGAAUGCAUCCCUGCAGGCUCGCUUGGGAGCAAUUCAGAACCGUGGAGGUGGAGUUGGUGGAACCAGUGAUGCUGGUGAGACUUUCAGUUUUAUUGGAGAUCAAACUUCUUACAUGAGCAUCUGUGUGGGAGAAGGACCAGAUGACAGCUUAUCUCAACUGUCUCCCGAGGAGCUUCAGCAGAAAGUGCUGGAUUUACAGGAACGUGUUGCUGGACUGCAGAGUUUGAACAAUGAGCUGCAGAGCAGAUUAUCUCAAAUGGAGAAGUCAGAGCGGGACUCUUUGGAAAAGGAAGUCAAAGAUGUUCCCAGCAGAAGCCAGUUCCGACAGCAGCUUGACAAAAUGCCUGAGAAGCAACCAUUGGAUGACCCUGAAAGUGAACAUCUUCCUGGUCGGGAUAAAGGGAUCCAGACAAGCAUCAGCUUAGAACAGAUUGCAUCUGGAAGUCUGCUUGGUGAUGAAAACAUGGACGGCAGGUCAAGUCAGAGUAGAGAGCAUGCUCACUCUGACCGGGCUCUCUUAGACAGCGGAGUCAGCGAGGGGGCAGACAGGAACGCAGAUGCAACGGUGUUUGCAUCUCUGCUGGAAGAUUUUGGCUCGUCCUCUGUCCUGCAGCUUAGAGAGGAGUUACUCCGACUUCGAUCGGAAAACCUGAAGCUGUGGGGUCUCCUGAAGGAACAGAAAUCCACUGAGUGUAAAGAAAAGGAGAGUGCAGAUGUCUCAGGGAACAGCAGUGAUGGUCAGGCUGAAUCAAGGAGAAGUUUGGAAACAUUUCAACCUGAAUCUGAAGAUGGAUCCAUAAUCUGUAAUCUGCCAAGGGAAACUACAAAGAAAACAAACAAUACAUCACAAGGAAACACUACAGUAGCUAAUAUCAGCACUGUGGAUGAGAGAGGUCGGAAACCUCAAAGUCAACAAGACAACAAGACUCCAAAGCAGCAUGUGGCAAGACACAGGGCUGGAGUCAGAUCCCGCCUCCCUGUGCCUGUCAGGCUCAGAGUGGAGGGUAGCCCUAACUCGCAAUCUGUGGCCUCUGACCGGAGGCAGACUGAUGCACAGCAGGACCCUAGUUUGGAUGGUGUUUCGGGUUCAGACCAGCAGCUAAAUGCCAACUUUGAUUUAUCACCUCAUCACAACACCCCCCCUUCCUCCACCAUCACUUAUUCACACACUAGCUGCAGUCCCACAGAAGGCUCCGACAAGGAAACUGAACCUAGAAUACCAGUGGAUCCCUCCCACUGUGAAUCCUCUCUAUUAUCUCAGCUUGAGCUUCUAAACCAGGAAUGCCAGGAAAAGGAGGCUCUGAUCAACAAGAUGCACGAGCAGCUUUCUGACAUGGAGGAGCUCCAUGUUCAGCUGCAGGAGAAGGAGAGACUGAACAGCGAGUACUCAGUGGCCCUGCAGGCUGCACAAUCCACCAUUGCUUAUCUGACUGCCUACAGUCUGGACAACCAAAGCAACCCUGAUUCACGUACACUUUCUGGUUAUACUAUGGGUUCUGAUGCUGACCUCCACAUUAGAUGCAUGGAGUUGCAGAAAGCCCUACAGGAGAAAGAGGAACUCAACAACCAGCUUAUUGAGCUGCUGAACAUGGCAGAAAAGGCCAUCACCUCCUCUCAGAGCCAAGAUAAGACACCUGAAACUGAUGCUCUUUGUUCAAGGAUAGAGGGGGCAAUACAUCAGGUUCAUACACAGUCAAGCAGAAAUAGCCUAAAUGAUGUCAGCGACCAUACUGGGGACCCUGACCUUGAGCUGCAGCAACAUGCAGACUCUUUGCAAAAGGCACUUUUACAACAAAGUAAGUUAAAUGCUGAGCUCCAGGAGCAGUUAAGAACUGCAAAUGCAGCUGCACAGCAUAGUGACCAUGCCCACUUAAAUGGCCCCACCUGUAGGCAAAGACCAGCAACUGCAGGGAUGCUUGAAGAUAAGUAUGGGGUUGACCAAGAUGCAGAGAAAGGUUCUAGUAACUCUCAUUUACAGCAGGAAAUGCUAAAGGUGUUAAAGAAAUGCUUUAGUGCAACAGAGUCAGCCGUCUCCUCGUUAGCAGCCCACUGUAAAAACACUGCUAACCUGGCUUCUGAUAAACUAGAACCAAGCGAUGACCUGCUGAAGGAUUUCGAUAAUCUUCACAGAGCCCUUGAAGAGAGAAGCAAACUGACUGAAUCUGCUGAGCAAGGAAAGAAAUACAGCAGGAAUGUGUCCACCGCUUCAGCUGAAACUGAAGGACAGAAGCUCCAUCAGGACCUUUGUCACCUUUACAAGGUUUUCAGUGAUUACUCUCAAAGAAUAGCUGAUCUCCAGGUAUCCAUGCAAGAAGAGAGAAGUCACAGAAGAGAGAGCGAAACCCACAGGGCUGCACAAGACGGCAAAGGAUUAUCACCAGAUGUUAAGCUCCAACUAGAGACUUUACAUAAGGCUCUGAGGGAGAAAAAGAAAGCUUGUAAAAGCCUGGAAGAGAAACUGGCCACUGCUCUAACCAACACGUCUCCAGAAACUGCACAGAAAGCAGCUCCUGAGCAGGGAGACAAAAGCGUGCAGGUGGAUUUGCAGGACCUGGGUUACGAAACCAGUGGCAAGAGUGAAAACGAUAGGGAAGAAAGCAGUAGCACAGAUCUAGAGGUGGGUGUGAACCCUAGUUGCAGUGCUUCCAGUUUACCCUCCCUGUUGAAAAAUGAACAGAACAACUUCUCGUCCACUGAAAAUUUGGACUCAAACACCAGCACCCCAUACCCAAGUUCCCCAGCUCUCAGCUCAGCUAAAGUCAGUCUGAAAGGCCUACAGAUAUAUGAUGAGUAUGGUGCAUCAGAAGACCCUCUACAACUUCAAGCACAAGUCAGAGAGCUGAAGGUCCAGCUAGAAAACCAGACCAAAGUCAUCCUCCAAAUGCAAAGUCUCUUGCACAGAAACUCUCUGUCUAGUGACAUAGUGGCCAACACCUCUGACCCACUCAGCAUCAGGGAAAAAGAAGGCCCACAUAAAGUGGAUUAUGGUCCAGAAAGUGGUGGGAAGCUGAGGGGGCAAAGGGAGGCUGAGAAUCAGUCUAGGUCCAAUGUUGUGAAUAUGGACCUUUGGAAAGACAGAACACCAAACCGCACCACAAGCGAACAGCUCAACCAAACCCGCAGCCGCUCAACAUCACCUGCUAGGCUUGAUUCUCUGGUGAAGUCGCAGGCCAGAGAGUUGUCACAACUAAGGCAGCAAAUCAAGGAAAGCCGCCGGCUGGGAGCUCUGCAGCGUCAACAGCUAGAGGAGCUGAACAAAGCUUUCAAAGAGCUGCUAGAUGCUGGAGAAGUGGACUACUACAUGGGGGAGGUGAUAAAGGUGCAGCUGGACCAGAGUCUGAACCUUCUAGAUGGGCUGGAGGGCCGGCUGGAUAAAGAGGAAUCUCAUCUGGCUAAUCAAGACGUAGCAGCCUUAGAACUGUCUCGCAGGUUGGCUAAGGAGUUGCAGGAGAAGAAUCAGCUCAUUCAGAGCCUUCAGAGUCAGAUUGGAUGCCAGACUCCCAGCAGCCACCACAGCUCUGACAGCAACUUGAGCAACUCGGACCGGACGGCUCCCUCCUGCCAAAGCAGCACCAACACACAAGGUGGCAGCAGAGAACACAGCCAGCAGCAUUGGGCUGAUAACACAGGAACAGCCGUCUCUCCUGCAGGAGGAGCUCAGGAGAAAGUUCUCCCUCCUCACAGACUGCAGGGUUUGCAGAGAGAGAACAGGCGCCUGCAGGAGCAGCUCAGGAGCAACGAGGAGCUCAACGCUACCUUACGCAGCGAACUAGAUCUGCAUCGAUCAAUUAUGGCUCAGACGAGCUUUCAUCACCAAGAGCAGGAAACGGAUCAGGGUGAGGACGUCUCGGAGCCAAAGACAGGAGCAGCUAAACAAGGUGGAGACAUCAGUUCACAUGAAAAAGGCGGAGAAAAGCCACACAUGAAUUCAGAGCUGCUGGCUGAACAUCUCCAGGAGAUCCGAGCUUUACGACAACGCCUGGAGGAAAGCAUUCGCACCAAUGACCGCCUGAGAGAACAGCUGGAGAGGAGAUUAGCUGAGGUGGAAAAGGACCCAGCAGCCACAAACAUUUUCAUCCACGGGAACGAGGAGCAGGGGCAGCUGGUUAAUGAAAUGCGGUUCCUUUGGGAACAAAAUCAAGUACUGAAGGAGCAGCUCAACAUGGGAUCCAGAGACAAACAGAAGGAGAACGAGAAGCUCCGGGAAGCUCUGGCCCGUCGGACAGCCAAACUGGAGCAGAGCAGGAAGGAAUGUGAAGAUUUGAGGCAGGAAAACGUGAGACUGAAGGAGACGCUGGAGCACAGCAGCCAUGAAAACUCGCUCCUGCAGAAUUCCUUUCGCUCCAGCAGAGAGGAGCUGCAAAGGUUGCAGCGGGAGGUGAAGCUCCAGAGGCAGCAGCUCUCUGACUCCCAGCAUCUGCUCCAGUCUCUGAGAGUUGAGCUGCAGGUUUACGAAAGCCUAAAAUAUGACUCCCAAAAGCACGAAUCUCAUGAGGAGACCCCACAGCCUGUCCCUGUGUCUCCCUCUGGCUCGGUGAACCUUGCAGAGCUUUUGUCAGAAAUCCGACAUCUGAGGCUGCAGCUGGAGAGGAGCAUCCAGACUAACACAGCGCUGCGGCAGAAACUGGAGGAGCAGCUGCUGAGAGGGCCCAGUCGCAAUGAAACCAUCAACAUCAACUACCUGCUGUCUUCUCUGGAGGAAGGAGGCCGAUCACCGGGUCGUGAAGGCUCUGAUCCUCAGCAUCGCUCCUUCCAUAGCCAACAGCACAUCACUGUCAAUGAAGUUCAACAUCAUUUUCACUCUGAGGCGGACGCUGUCUCAGUGUGCAGCAGCUCUGGUGAAAGCAUUUCAGGCGCUCCUUCCCGGCUGGUUCCAGGCCACCGGAUGUGGGCCAAUCGCAAUGGACGCCACAUUCUCGGCUUGAUCGAGGACUACAACUCCCUUCGCAGGCAGAUCUCUGAGGGUAGGAAGCUGUCUCGCAGCAUGGAGGCACAGCUGAACGAAUGUCUGCACGUACUCAGGCAACAGGGCCCUGACAGCGAGUUAAGAGAAAAGCAACAUUUGAAGAGUUUAUCCAGCAGCACAAACACCAUGCAGCAGGUGUUGGAGGAGGCCAGCCGACUGCUCAAACUACUGUGGAGAGUCUCUCUGCCGUCCGGCUGCACAGCAGAGGGCAGCACCAGCAACCAGCAGGAUGAGCUGCUGAAAAAUGAGAUCGCCAGACUGAAGAACAGAUUAUCUCAGCAGGAGAGGAUGCUGAGUGGAGCUGUGAAACGUCUGCGCACCACCAACCAGCUGAAAGAGGGAAUGGAGCGAGUCAUCAUCGACCAGCUGUCUCUGACUCAUGGAGUAUUGAAGAAAGCUCGGGGGAAUUUAGAGACAAAUUACUGCACUCUGUUUGGCCAGAAAGGCCCGUCUGCAGGACCAGGCGAAGGAGGUCCCAGUCGGUGGGCAGUAGUGGACACUCCGUUUGGACAGAGAAGUUUUCCUGUUUCCAAACAAACACCAGACAAAGACUCUGAAUCAUCAGAUUCCAACGGUGCCUAAUUUUUGCACUGCAGCGACUAAACCCAACCCUGCCUUUGAUUUUAGCUUUUGAACCCAGAUAUCAUCCUGCCUUUAUGUCCUGCUGGGGAGGUGCGAGCUUGUCCCCAGAAAUUAAUGCCUUUUUUUUUUUUUUUUUUUUACCCGAAUUGCACAACCUUUACUUUUUUUGUUUUUACUGAGGUACUCAAGUUGUAUGUUUAUUUUAAAAGA